CAGAAGCUGCCGUGGUCACGGGUGUUACAGAUAAAAUGUCGUUUCCGAGGCAGCAUCGUGUUCUGUGUCUAUUGCUCUUCGCCGCUCUUCCAUGUGACGGUCAGACCGAAUGUCGAACAGUCUCUUCCAUGAAAGUGGCAAUUUUGGGCAGCGGUCCGUUAUCAGAGAACAAGCCAUCUGAGCUGAAGUGUAGGGUGACAGGCGCUGGACCACACACCAACGUCACCUGGUGGUGGGAUCGAGACAUGCUGCCGGCCACCAUUUUCAAGGAUCCAGCGAAGAAUGUAACUGCUUCGCUGCUACAACUCACACCGUCGAGAAGACACGAUAGCUUUCCUCUCAGAUGCAGAGCCGAGAAUAAAGAAACGAACGAAACUGUGGAAACUGAAUUAAAAAUGGACGUUCAUUACGCACCGAGAGCGACGUUGAUACUCGGGGAGUAUUUCGACAAUGAUGCCCUGGUUGAGGACAACGACAUAUACUUCACCUGCUCCAUCAAAGCCAAUCCGCCAGCCCGCAUUAUCACCUGGGAGCAUAAUGGUGUGAAGAUAAAAGAUAAUGUUAACGAUUUUCGGGUCACCCGCGAUUCGCUAGUGCUUCAGAAGCUGUCUCCGAGUUUCAAUGGUCGGUACACAUGCGAGGCGACCAACGACGAGGGUACCGGUGUGUCGCGACCCUAUAAUCUGCGGAUUCGACACAAACCGCUGUGCAAAUACAACGAGCCAAAGAUGAUAGCAGCAAAGCUUCUAGAACCGGUCAAAAUAGAUUGCGAAGUCGAAGCAUUCCCUUCGCUUGACGCCUUCCAGUGGGCCUUCAAAUAUAGCUCCGGACGCGUCGAACAAAUUGAUAGAGAAAAGUUCACCGUGGCAAAGGAGCAAGGCAGAUCUGUACUGACGUAUACUCCGACGUCGGAAGCGGACUACGGGACCCUGCAGUGUUGGGCAGCUAACAGCCAGGGACAACAACAGUCCCCUUGUACAUAUAUAAUACGACACCCUACGCCACCCCAAGCGCCCAUAUACUGUGUGUUAUAUCCUGCAGACGCUCAAAAAACGUUGCUAGCGUGCACACCAGAUUCUAGUUCCUCUGGAUAUAAAGCGAACAUCACAUACAAGGCCGAAAUUAUGACGAAUACAGGAAAAAAAAUCUUGCCGGACACCACAUUCCCAUAUUGGGAACUCGAUAACUUUGACGGUUUCGUUUCGAAGGAAAUAAUUUUGUAUGCAACUAACGAGUUUGGGGAAUCAAAACGAACUUUCGCCAUAGAAAUAGCUUACCGACUAAUACCCUCAACUGGCAAGCAUAAUCUAUAAUAUUACAAACUAGUUAUCG